AUGAAGCUUGGAGGAAUCAACAGUCGCAUUGUCGCCGACAACAUCACCCAUAAGUACAUAAUAGACCAGCCCACAUUGGUCGUUGGCAUCGAUGUCACACAUCCAACACAGGCCGAAGAGCGCAUGAACAUACCAUCAGUGGCAGCGAUCGUUGCUAACAUAGACCUACUGCCUCAGUCCUAUGGCGCCAACGUCAAGGUGCAGCGAAAGUGUCGCGAAUCGGUUGUCUAUCUACUUGACGCCAUUCGGGAGAGACUCGUGUCGAACACUAAUCAGAAGCCAACUCGAAUCAUCGUUUACCGCGAUGGAGUGUCGGAAGGUCAAUUCGCAGAAGUAUUGCGCGAAGAGAUACAAGGAUUCAGAUUGGGCUUGCUGAUACUCUCCCCCGACUACCGUCCACCUAUAACCUACGUUGUUGUACAGAAGAGGCAUCAUGCCAGAAUGUUCUGCAAGUACAGCACGGACAUGGUUGGAAAAGCCAGGAACAUUCCACCAGGAACCACGGUCGAUACUGGAAUUGUUUCGCCCGAGGGAUUCGAUUUCUACCUCUGUUCACAUUACGGUGUGCAAGGCACUUCACGACCGGCCAGAUAUCACGUGCUGUGGGACGAUAACGAUUUCAGUGCAGAUGAAAUGCAAGCGAUCACAUAUGGAAUGUGCCACACUUACGGGCGAUGUGCCCGUUCUGUGUCGAUUCCAGCUCCAGUUUACUAUGCAGAUUUGGUGGCAACUCGCGCUCGAUGCCACAUAAAGAGAAAGCUGUAA